GAUGGCGGAACAAAGGAGCAUUUGAACCGAACAUUUGUCAUCAUGUUUUGGGCAUGCUUUUAAUGCGAUCUAACUUCCACAGGCUUCCAAAAACUACAUUAUUUAAUUGCCAACACCUCAAUCAUUAUAAAAACGUAUACCGCUGUGAAUUUUUACUGAAUUUUGAGUCAAGAAGCCGCGUUGACUUUUUACCAAGACAUCGAACUUUGCAGACUGUAGCAACUGUACAGAACCGAACAUCGAAACUUCUCGAGGUGCUUGAGAAUGCGAAGAAUGACAACUCACGACUUAUCAGGCUUGAAGAACUGAACGAACAUUUAUUGAGGUACCCCUCAGCGAGAAGUCUCGCUCGAAGGUCUGGUGUGACCAGAAUUCUACAGCACUGUUAUGAGUCAACUGAUAAAGAUAUCCAGGGUGAGGCUCGCAAGGGCCUGGUCCUGCUGGGCUGGACUGUUCCUGUCAGAGGAGAAGGGAUAAAGAUUUUGAGCAUUGAUGGAGGAGGGUCAAGAGGUAUCAUUCCCAUUGAAGUUCUGAAAAGAAUUCAAGAACUAACACAGAAGGAGAUCCAUGAAAUGUUUGAUCUGAUUUGUGGCUCAAGUACAGGUGCGAUCCUUGCUUUUCUCAUCGGUUUGAAGAAAACAAAUCUUGACGAAUGCACCCAGUUGUACAGACAACUCGCUCAAGAGAUAUUUUCUGUCAACACAUUGAUUGGAACUGGGAAACUGUUUUUUAACCAUGCAUAUUACGAUACGUUGAAGUUUGAAAAUAUUCUCAGAGAGGCACUUGGAGAGGUGAGACUUGUGGACACCGCAGCUGAUAUGAGGACACCUAAGGUUUUAGCCGUCUCAACGAUUGUUAAUCAGUCCAUUCUUCGUCCUUACGUGUUCCGCAAUUAUCGUCAUCGACACGAACUGAAAUCUCACUAUCCAGGCAGCUGCACUCAUAAACUAUGGGAAGCUCUGAGGGCUUCGGCUGCUGCACCUGGAUAUUUUGAAGAGUUUAAACUGGGACGAGACAUACAUCAGGAUGGCGGUCUACUAACGAACAGUCCUUGUGCUCUGGCAAUUCACGAAGCAAAACUAAUUUGGCCUUCGACUCCAAUACAGUGCGUCGUUUCUCUGGGGACUGGGAUCUAUCAUAGUCCAUCACGACGAAUCAACUCAACAUUUAGUAGUCUUCGUGAGAAGUUACUUAAAGUUGUUGCAAGUGCAACUGAUACGGAAGCUGUCCAUACAAUACUUGAAGAUCUUCUACCAAAGAACGCCUACUUUCGAUUCAACCCACCUUUGAAAACAGACAUUCCUUUGGAUGAGGCUGAGGAAGAAAACUUGGAUAAACUAGUCGCUGAUACUGUGCAUUACUUGGACAAGAAACAAGGAAAGAUUCAGGCGACGUGUCGGGCAAUUUCUUUGGAUAAAACGUUAUUACAGCAUUGGAGGGAAAAGCUAAAUGAUAAAUAUCUUCUUCCAGAGGUCACAUGAGACGUUUCGCUUGACCUAUACGACCUAAGACGUUUUGCAUCACAGAAGAAAAAAAAGAAAUACGUGCGAACAAAAUGUUGAUGAUCACAAAAUUUUAUUAAAAUACAUUUUGAGGUACUGUACAA